CGCGUGUUUCUCCCUCCAGCAACGUCAUCAUGGCCGCUGCUAUCAAGGCUAUCAAUGCUAAGAUCCGCUCCAACAAGGUGCUGGACUAUGUCUGCUCAACUCACUUCUGGGGCCCCGUCUCCAACUUCGGUAUCCCCAUUGCGGCCGUGAUGGACACCCAGAAGGACCCCGAAAUUAUCUCCGGCCCUAUGACCGGUGCCCUGGUCGUCUACGCUGCCACCUUCAUGCGCUACUCCCUCGCCGUCACCCCCAAGAACUACCUCCUCUUCGCCUGCCAUCUGACCAACUUCGGUGCCCAGACGACCCAGGCUUACCGCUAUCUGUCAUACUGGAACUGGGGUGGUCGGGAAGCUCAGCUAGCCGAGAAGGCUAAGCAGGGCGCCGUGGCCGCGGAGGCAUAA